UAUCAUUACCGUUUUAUAAAAAUUCGCUAAAUUCGCUAAAUUCUGCUCUUAUUGUGAAAAUAAACUGCUCAGGAACUCAGGUGCCGCUUUACCUGGGCUGAACCGUUUUUAACAACAUUUAAUACCAUAGGUGUUUUGCAGGCGCACUUUCGCCUUUUCAUUUGUCCAUUAGAGUUUUAUGAAAAAUUAUUAUAAUCGAAUAUUUCAGUAAGAGGGGCGAAACUUUGCGAUUGCGAUUAGCACCAAUGGCUAACCAGAACGCCCUCGUCUGUUUUUUGUGUACAUUCGGUUUAGUUUUGACACAGGCUGUGAAAUAUGGCCUCCGGGGUCAGGAGAUUAACUUGGUGCCAUCCAUAUUUGGACAACCUGAUGUCAUUCUCUGGAAACACGAUGGCAACAAAGUGGUAUUUUUCGACGGCAUGGAGGAGUUUGUGUUCCGUCCGUACGAGAACAGGAUCACUCUGGACUGGGCCUCGGCACAACUCACCAUCAAAGACACCACAUAUGAAGACAGCGGGGAGUACGAGCUGGAAGUCAACGUAUACAAGCAGGUGCAUCGAUCGCAGUAUACGUGGGAGCUUAUAGAUAACGUAGCCACACCCGGCAUAUCCUGUGAGAUGAGUGACACAAAGCAGGCGAUGCUGGUGUGCUCCACAGAGUCCAAACACCCUCAUUUGUUAGACUUUAGGUGGAGCUCACGUGGGAAGCAGCAGACCGGACCAAAUUUAACAAUAACGGUCCGGAAUGAAGACGAUGAUCAAGUUUAUCGUUGUGACGUCAGCAACCCUCUGACCAAUGAAACGGCUUCAUUCACUGCAAAGGACUGCUACCUGGACAAAAGAUCAGCUGCUGUGAACGUCGCCAUCUCUGUCAUCUUUGUUGUUGUCAUCGUUCUUCUCAUCAUUCUGGCCUGCGUUUUCCACAAAAGACUUCGAGGUUCAGCAGCAUGUAUGGAAAUUACAAAGAAAGGCGUUUUUAAAACACAUCGAAGUGCAGCAGAAGUUUCAGGUUCGAGUCAGGGCGAUGAAACCGUUUCCUUCCUGGGCGGAGCAUCCACGCUUCCGUCCAAUCAGAGGCUCCACCCUUUGAUUCCAAGCGAUUGGAUUGAUCCUUCUCAGGGCGGUGAAAAAAAGAUGGACUCGAGCGCUUUAAACGGGUCUAACAAGGAAUUGACCGCAGAGGACAGGGUGGAAUCGGACACAGCUGUUGCCCUCACUGAUCCACUUCAUUCCCCUUUGGCCUCCUCAGAAGUAAACACUACCCCUGAAGCCGAGGACAACGCUGGAUCUCAGCAGCUCAUCUCCAGGGAAGAAGAGGACUCACCUGCAGCUGAGAGGCCUUCCGACGAGGAGAACGAUUCAGACGCCGCAGCAGCAGCUGGACUGGAACCGGUUUCCAACAUGGCGACCGGAGGCGAGGACCGGCAGGAACGGAUCACGUCGGCGUCUGAGGAUGAAACACGGUCUGAUCACGAAGGUGACAACUUCGGCAUAGCAGAUGAGGCUCAGAGUGAGACUGACACGCCGAAAAAGACAAACACAAAAACAAAUCAAGACUGGGAAGUUUGACGCUGAGAACACAGUUUGUACCAAGUUUGUAUUUGAGGGGACAUUGAUUGACAACAUCAGCAUCGACUGAACACGUUAUGAGUGAUAAGACAAAUAACCACUAUGAAUAUGACAUUUCAAAUUAUUCAUUAACACAUGGAGGGAAUAGUAGUGUCAUAAUGAACUGACGUAGAGCUGUUUACAGCGUGUUUUUGAUUUUUUAAAGUAUCUAAUGCACAGAAUCAUUUAAAGACAUUUUAUAUUUCAUUCACAUAUUUUCCAUAUGUAGUUUAUAUGCUAAUUGCUUACCUCAGGUUGUGUUUUUUUUUUAAUUAUCAGUCAGUGUUUGAUACAUUAGAGUUGAAUUGUAUGUCACUUGUCAUGCUGUGUGGGUUUUUUUUGCGUUCACACUUAUUUGAUUCAGUUCAGAACUGCUGAGCUCAAGUGUGAACACUACACGGACCGAACACAUGGAUUAGUGUUAAAAUGGCCGCAAAAGGCGUGCAGAAAUUACAAAUACACAAGAGAAAAUGCAUUGGAAGUGCUGUCUCUUCUAUAGUGGCUUGCUCUUUGGAAGCAUAUUUUAGAAGCUUUUUGUGAAAU